AUGUCACUCGCUCUCAAGUUCACCUCGCUGGCCGUCCGUACUUUUGCUAAACCCAUAGCUAAUUUUAUCAAGAAACAAGCCCGCGAGCAUGAGGGCUUCCGGCGAACCUGCAUCUCUUUUGCCCAAACUCUCCACAGAAUCGAUAUGCGAUGGAGGAUAGGUCUUUUGCAAGAUGCAGCAGCCGUUGAGAAGCAGGCAGCCAGAGAAGCCAAAGCGGCCGAGGCGAAGAAGCAUCAACAUAGUAUACCGACGGUCAAAACAGAAGCACAGACGAAGGCAGAAGAGGAGGCCGCAGCCCGCGCAGCCAAAGAGGCGUCUGAGCCACCUAAACCCCGGCCAAAACCUAGGAUCAAGCCUCUGUCCGAAGCAAAGGCUAUCGAAUCGGGCGCUACGUUCAUCAGUGAAACGUUCCUGUUUGGAGUUGCCGCUGGAUUGAUAGUUUUUGAGUCGUGGAGGUCUGGCCGUAAGGAGAGCAAACGACGGGACGAUGUAGCAGAGCGCCUGAAUGAUCUCGAAGAGUCUGAAAAAGCCGCAAGACGGGCUUUGGUGGAACUGGAGCGAGAGGUCCUACGUCUUCGAGCGAAAGAGAAGAACGGCAAGCAGCACAGUAGCACGAGGAUACUGCCCCCGGAGAUCUAUGAGGAUAAAGACGAGGAAGAGGAGGAGAAGCCCGUCGGUUGGUUCGCUCGAUUGGCAUCUCUCGUAUCCAAGGAGACGCCGGACAAGGAAGCAUCAGAGGCGCUGGACAAGAAUGCCCCUGGUCCAGCCGAGAAAAUACUGGUUGCAUCUGACAAAGUCUUGGAAGAAAAGCACAAGCAAGCUAUCAUAGCCGCCGAGCAGAAGCCCACUGAGCAAAAGCCGAAACGGUGA